AGUGUAAGGUUUGACAAUGACAACUGAAGUUGGCUCAGAGACUGAAGUAAAGAAAGAUUCUGAGCAGCUGGGACCAGACAAAGCCAAUGACAACCCUGAAGAAGCAUCAGAGACUCCAGAAAAUCAAAAGUCCGGGGAAGCAUCCUCUGAAGAAGCUCAAGAUUCUUCCUCUGUCCCAGCACCAACUAGCCAAAGUAGUCCAAGUAGCCAGAAGAAGGAAAAAGCUUCACCUGAAAGCAAGGGUAUUUCUCGUUUCCUUCCCCCCUGGCUUAAGAAACAAAAAUCAUACACCUUGACAGAGCCCAAAGAUGAGGCCAAGAAAAGGACCACAGGGAAAGAACAAGUAAUUGAAGAAAGUGAAUGCCAGACAGCAGAGGGGGUGGCUCAGCCAAAAAAGAGCUUAGAAGAAGCAGCAGCUGAAAAUCAGCAUAAUGUUAAAGCAGACGACAAGGAAGAAAAACACUCUGUUAGUAGUGCUGAAACACAGCCUGCCAAAGAAGAUGGUAAAGGAACGGAAGUGGAGAAAGUUGCAGAGGAAAAGGAAGAAAAACAAGAAGAAAAAGAAAAGGAGACAAAAGAAGUGCAGACAGCUGAAAUUAAAACAGAAAACAUUCCUCAGAAGUCUCCUAGGAAAAUUAAAACUGUGCAGUGUAAAGUGAUGCUUCUGGAUGGCACGGAAUACAGCUGUGACCUAGAGAAAAGAGCAAAAGGCCAAGUGCUGUUUGACAAAGUGUGUGAACAUCUCAAUUUACUGGAAAAGGACUAUUUUGGACUGUUGUUUUAUGAGAAUUCAGAACAGAAGAACUGGCUAGAUUCUUCAAAGGAAAUUAAGAGACAAAUUCGAAGUUUACCUUGGAUAUUUACGUUUAAUGUGAAGUUUUAUCCUCCUGAUCCUUCGCAGUUGACUGAAGACAUCACUAGAUAUUUCUUGUGCCUACAGCUUCGACAGGAUAUUGCUUCUGGUCGACUGCCAUGUUCUUUUGUGACUCAUGCCCUCCUUGGUUCAUAUACCCUGCAGGCUGAGCUGGGUGAUCAUGAUCCAGAGGAGCAUCGCAGUGACUAUAUCAGUGAAUUCCAAUUUGCACCCAAUCAAACUCAAGAAAUGGAAGAGAAAGUAGCUGAGCUACACAAAACACACAGGGGCUUGACUCCAGCACAGGCGGAUUCCCAGUUCCUAGAAAAUGCUAAGAGACUCUCCAUGUAUGGAGUGGAUUUGCAUCAUGCCAAGGAUUCUGAAGGCGUGGAUAUCAUGCUGGGUGUAUGUGCUAAUGGACUGCUCAUUUACAAAGACAGACUCCGGAUCAACCGCUUUGCUUGGCCAAAAAUUCUGAAGAUUUCCUAUAAGCGAAGUAAUUUCUACAUCAAAGUCAGGCCAGCAGAACUGGAACAAUUUGAGAGCACUAUUGGGUUCAAACUGCCAAACCAUCGGGCUGCUAAAAGGUUAUGGAAGGUUUGUGUGGAGCACCAUACUUUUUUCAGACUUGUAUCACCAGAACAGCCUCCAAAAGCAAAGUUUCUAACCUUGGGUUCCAAGUUCCGCUACAGUGGACGUACACAAGCACAGACGCGACAGGCUAGCAACCUCAUAGACAGACCAGCUCCAUACUUCGAACGCACUUCAAGCAAACGUGUUUCCAGGAGCCUUGAUGGAG